AUGGGCGGCAUAGGUGGCAACCUCUACCUCAGCAUGUUGAAUGGGACUGAAACGCAAACUUUCGGGAAGAACACCACCGACAUCAGCAGUCACCUGCACCGCAGCGGGAAGGAUCUAACUGAGUUCAAAAUGGGGAUUCAGGACGCGAGGUUUUACUACCCGGACUCUGUUCAGAGCGGGCAGGACUCUCUGACUCUGCCGUACCACUCGGAGCAGGCUGUGGGAGGGUACGGAGGGCAGCCCGGCAGGUUUUACGCACAGACCCUCAGCAGCUGCCCCUAUGGCGGCGUGCGCUCUCCGCAGAGGAGUGGAGCCGGGCAGGGGUACAUCCAGGCGGCUGGAGAGUUUCCUACAGGAGGGAAAGACUUGUACUCUCCCUCUCCGGACAGUUACUCGGGGGGCUUUCAGCACGGCUACCAGCGGCCGCCUCUCUACCCUUUACCUGGGCUACAGGUGUGCGGCAAGACGCAGGCUCUGCUCAACAACUACCCGCUGUGGGCCAAGUUCCACAAGUUCCAAACCGAGAUGAUCAUCACCAAACAGGGGAGGAGGAUGUUCCCCUUCCUGAGCUUCAACAUCAGCCUCCUGGAUCCGACCGCUCACUAUAACGUGUACGUGGACGUGGUUCUGGCUGAUCAGCAUCACUGGAGGUACCAGGGCGGCAAGUGGGUCCAGUGUGGGAAAGCAGAAGGGAACAUGCCAGGGAACAGGAUGUACAUGCACCCUGACUCUCCGAACACAGGAGCCCACUGGAUGAGACAAGAAGUUUCCUUCAGCAAACUCAAACUCACCAACAACAAGGGCAGCACCAACAACGUGGCUCAGAUGAUCGUGCUCCAGUCGCUCCACAAGUACCAGCCUCGCCUUUACAUCGUGGAGGUCAAGGAGGACGGCUCCGAGGACCCCUUCCUGUCGUCUAAAGCUCAGACCUUCAUCUUCCCGGAGACUCAGUUCAUCGCUGUGACCGCGUAUCAGAACGCAGAUAUCACCCAGCUGAAAAUAGACCAUAACCCCUUCGCUAAAGGUUUCCGCGACAGCUACGACACGCUGUACGCACCUCCUGACUCUGACCGCCUCACCCCCUCCCCCACAGAGACCCAGCAGCUGCUAACAGGGAGCUGCUACUCUCAGGGCUACUUCUCCGAGCAGUACAUGAGCCCCCUGCCUCAAGGCCGCUUCACCAUGGGCCAGCAGCGUAAAGACCCCUCCUCUAGCCCGGGUCCUCACAGCCACUGGUACCUGCCGCCUCAGCAGGGCGUGACCCCCAACCGGCUCGACUUCGCCUCCUCGUACGAGGGCGACUUCUCUGGGAACAGUUUCUACAAACCGUUCCCGCUGCAGACGUCCGCUCACCACGCCCUCAGCUACUACCCCGACCAUCCUUUCGCUUCUACAAGUGUUUCUGUAUCAGGAGCCACCUCAGCGGGCUGGACCACCAGCCGGCCCACUCCUCAGUACCUCAGCCACCCGAGUAAGCACGGCCCCAGUCUGGGCUGGUUCAGACCCAUAUCGUCCUCAUCUUCCUCCUCAUCGUCUUCCACGUCCCCCGGCAACCCCAGGCUGCACCCUCCCUCGCUCCUGGAGCCCCUGCAGACGCCCCUGCAGACGCCCCUGCAGAAACCCAAAGACUCAGUGGAGGUGGUGGAUGAGGAGCCCUGGCUCGAGGCUCCCUCUGUGAAAUCAGCGGCGUCGGCGGACUCGGGCCUGUUUGAAGGCGGCGGCGUCGGCGACAACAAGAAGAGGAGGGUGUCGCCCUACACGUCCAGCACUGAAAACUCCCCGCCCCCCCGCAGUGGAGACGUCUGCGAGAAGGACAGCAACAGCGACGCAGCCUACUACGGCUACUUCGCCCACUGAUGACCUCACACACACACACACACACACACACGGCUUCAUGCAUCACAACAGUCUCUCCCAGCGUCUUCCCAAACAUCGUCUGUCCAGUCAGGGCUGGAACAGUCUGUGAACCAGAACCACGUUGCAGCAUCUGAACACACGGUCCACAAAGUCUCCUCUCAGAGUGUCAAACGACUGCAGGAGGAACUUUCAAGGUUACUGUCAAACUUCCCGUUGAACAGAAGUGGAUGUGACUGUGCGCUGCCCUACAGUCACAUAAACACCACGCAGACAAACAGACCUGUGACUUUAGCCUCGGAAGCUUCUGGAGAUUUGGGGGUGAAAAAAUGAUCUGCAUAUCUGCUUGCUGACAGACGCCUGAAGGGCUUGUCUGUUCUUUCUGCAUCAAACUCUCUCAGCGUCUCCUCCGCUCUGUCUCUUCUUUCUCACCCUCAGCCAUUCACACAUACUCCCACAAUAUGCUCACGUUCACUUCCCCCCCACCAUCAUUCUUGAGAAGAAAUUACAUUUCACACACUUCUGUCUCAUCAAUCAGGCCCUGGAGCUGCACUGCAGCGCCCACUGGUGGCCACAGAGGAGCGUUGCAGGCGGUGCAGAGGUCAGAGUUGUCUGAGUUAACUAAUGUCAGGAGGUUAAGAGGGUUUAAGCGGCACAUGUUCUGAAGUACGACUGCUAAUCUAGCUCAAUCCAGCUAGGACAAUCUUCUCUGUGUGUCUAUGUGUGUGUGUAUCUAUGUGUGUGUGUGUGUGUGUGCAGAAAUAGCAACUCCUCACACCUGGAGACGAUCCAAAGGGAAACUGAUAGAAUUAAGGAAUUACUCAGCAGCAAAAAGGAGAGCUUGUACCUUUAAAGCUCCUUAUGAUGUUUUGAUUUGGGAUACAAAUGAGCAUUUGGUAAUAACCUGCAGCCCAGAGUUCAGCACUUUACGGCCUAAAACAUCAACACAGUCACCUUUAAAGAUCUGUUUGAUGACUUAAAAUACAAAUGUUUGAAUAAGAGGACAAACAAGAUGACAGAAGGGGUCAUAGAAAGGAAAAAAUACCCUAUAGCAUGAUUUAAAUUGAGCAUCUAGACGUUUGCCAAACAUGAUAAAAAAGCUGUUAAGAGUAGAAAAUCUAAAACUGACCUUUAACUUCUGAGGAUUUUGCAGUUUAUGUUCAAUUUUGUUCAAAAAAUCCUCAAACUCUGCCUCAGGAUGACUUUUUUGAAGAUGCAAAUCAUUUAUCAGCUUCAGGAUCAGGACGAACAUGAUUUGAAAGUUGGUAAAUAGAAAGAUUAUGCAAACUAAUAGCCAGGUUUAAAGGCUUGUAGCCAUCCAAAAAGGGGUGACAGUAGUAUUUAAAUGUGUGAUAAAAGUGCAGGUUUGUAGACCAUCUCACCUCACAGUGAUGCAUUUUAGUCACCAGCUGACCUUCACUAUUAAAAACUUCAUAUUUAAUAUCUCUCUUUUCUAACUCGUUGUCUGGAAACGGCUUGAAUUGAUCCUAAAAUAUAUGACAUCUUAAGGUUGGUUGCAAAA